UGGCUGCCAGACUAACUGGGUCUUCGCUCCCGAAUCAAAAUAAUAUCCUACGUAUUGUAGAUAGGAACAACAGAGUGUCUUGGCAUGGAUCCGGUUUCGUGAGAUGUUGCAGUGCGGGGGUCGCGCGGUGGCGAGCUGCGGCUGCGACAGGAAGAGGGAGCUCAGCUCUUCGACCUGUUCAUCCGUCAGCUCUUUGGUCGAAGAAGAUAAAAAGGGGAAAGGGAAAGGAAAAGGGAAAGGGAAAGAACCGGGAAAGCAGAAUGCUGUUGGCGCAUUCCUCGCUUCUCUCUCACCCAGGAACCUUUUCAAGGGCCUUCGGCGCCCCGAUCACCACGUCAUGCCAAAAGCAGAAAGAUCCAUGAAAGCUGCUAUUCUGAUACAACAAUGGUACCGUCGCUAUUUAGCAAGAAUGGAAGUGAGGAGGCGAUAUACGUGGACCAUAUUCCAAAGUAUUGAGUACCAGGGUGAACAGGACCAAGUAAAGCUGUACAACUUUUUCAACGCCCUACUAACACACAUUCCAACAACCGGAGCUAACAACCAGCUCGCUGGAAGCGAUGCAACUUCUAAGUCUUCCUCUACAGUGGUGAAAGAAAGACCCAUGCGACCUGGGCCGGCAAGAACAGUCGAAGAAAUUGAUACAACUGUCGAGACUAGGUACGAGGAUGAGUCGCCGAGCGAGGCCAGUUCGCCGACGUCUAGGACAGAGACGAACUACAGGGGAAUUCAUCUCGGUUUUCCAAUGCAGAGAAAGGACUUUGACAACCUCAUAGAAUCCUUUAGAAAGAAAAAGCAACACAGACUUCACGCUAAGUACGUCGCCGGGAUCCUCAAGCAGGCGGCGCAGCACUUGAAAAAGAUGCCAAAUCUGAACCAGGUCACCACGGGGAUUUCGAAACAGGUCACCAUCUGCGGAGACUUGCACGGCAAGUUAGACGAUCUCCUUGUUAUUUUCUAUAAGAACGGUCUUCCUUCGGCAGAAAACCCCUACAUUUUCAACGGUGACUUCGUCGACCGGGGCCGGAAGGGCAUGGAAGUCUUUCUACUGCUUUUGACAUGCAUGCUCGUUUUCCCGGACGGCAUUUAUCUCAAUCGGGGCAACCACGAGGACCACGUUAUGAAUACAAGGUACGGAUUCAUCAGAGAAGUCAAGCUAAAAUAUAAGCACAAUGCAGAAAGGCUGCUCAAGCUUAUCGAGACCGUGUACAGGUGGCUUCCACUGGGGACCCUCGUUAACAACAAGGUGCUCAUCGUGCAUGGAGGCAUAUCCGACAGCACGGAUAUCGAAUGGCUUAAAACGAUCGACCGGCAGAAGUAUCUAUCUCUUCUGAGGCCCCCGGUGAUAGAUGGUGUUGUUACAACAUCAGAAAAUGUAAACAAAUUAGAAUGGAAGCAGGUUUUUGACAUCCUUUGGUCUGAUCCGCAGCGGAGUGAUGGCUGUGUUCCUAACUCAUUAAGAGGCGCUGGAACUUAUUUUGGGCCUGAUGUGACCGAGAAAUUUUUAAAUAAGCACAAUUUGCUGUACUUAGUGCGAUCUCAUGAGUGCAAACCUGACGGUUAUGAAAUUGUUCACGGCGACAAGGUUAUAACAAUAUUUUCCGCUUCCAAUUAUUAUGAGACUGGUUCAAAUAAAGGGGCUUAUCUUAAACUAGUUGGCCCUGAGCUGAAACGACAUUUCGUCCAAUUUACAGCCGGGCCUAAAGCGAGCACUGCCGGCAUGUUGACAUUCCGGCAGAGGGUGAGCCUGAUCGAAACUUCAGCAAUCAGGGAGCUCGUUUCUAAAGUGCAUAGUUCGAAGAACAAACUCUUGCAAGAGUUCGCCCUCGUAGACCCAAAUGCUACAGGGCUAAUAAAUGUAAGUGAUUGGUGCAUUAUUCUUGAAAAAAUCACGGGACUGAGCUUACCUUGGCGCAUGUUGAGGACAAAACUGGCAACUCUUGAUCCAACAACUGGUCUAGUACAAUACAUGACAACAUUUCAGGAAAAUAUUACCAAAAGAGAGUCUGACACAACUGUGGUGGAGACUCUCUACAAAAACAAGUCAAGUUUGGAAGCUAUUUUCAGAAUUAUCGACAAAGACAAUUCAGGAUACAUAUCCGUCGAAGAGUUCAAAGAUGCCUGCCAGCUCAUAGGAGAGCAUCUAGACCAGUCCACCGAAACGGCGGUGGACAUAUGCAAGAGCAUGGACAUGAACAAGGACGGUCUCGUCGAUUUGAACGAAUUCCUAGAAACAUUCCGUCUGGUUGAAAGCCAGCAUUCGAUAGAGUUAGAAUCCGAAGAAGAGGAUUAGAUAAAAGAAAAAAAAAAGAAAAAUGUCCAUUGUUUUAUUUAUUCAUGAGAAAAUAUGCUAAACUGUUUCUCAAGGUUUUACAUAUCUCAAUAAUAUUGCUAUGUUGUUGAAUGAGAAUAGAAGGAAAACUUUUUGAUUGUUUAUACUAUCGCAUAUCUUGAUUUUGUAAUGAAAAUUAAAGAGAGAAAGAAAAAAAAACACGGUUGUCUAAUUGCUACUAUUGUGAUCUCAGUGCAAUGCCAAAAAAAAUAUUUAUGCACCCAAUGCAUUAAUUAAUUUUUAAUUUAAUUUUUUUUAAACUAAAGAUUGUUAGUUGUAGCUGGUAAGUUUCAUAUAAAUAGAAAAAUAAAACUAGAUGAUUUUUUGAUAUACUAAAUGCUACAUUUUCAUGUCAAGGUCUUGGCAAAUACCCUGGCUGCACUUUUUAACUAAAUUCAAAAUCUGAUUUUCACGUCAUUCGUGCAAUUUGUCUUCACAUUACAAUUAUGGAAUAAACAAAUUACAAUAAAUGAAUCCUUUCCAUUUGCUUAAAGCAUAAACUGGAAAUAUUACUUUUUAUUUAUUUAAUUCACUAAUUUCGUGGUCCGCUUGACCAAU